AGGAGCACCACAAAUUCCAUUCCUUCAACAGAGGAGUUCCAAAUACCAUCAGCUGUGUUAGAAACUGCCUUGGUGAGCAGCAACAAGAGCGUGGGAAAUAUUAGAUGGAAUUGGAGUGUUCCAGAAAUUGGUGAAUACUAUUUUUUGAUGUGCUUUGCUGAAGUAGAAGAACUUGACGUUAAUGCAAUAAGGGAGUUCAAUAUAAGUAUCAAUGGAUAUUCAUACCAGUCUCCUGUUACAUUACAUAGCUACCUCGAUUCGAUUGUCGUCAAGUAUGGACCCAUCAAAGCUGAUAGCUUGGAAAAUGUCCAAUUUUCUCUUGAUCCUACCAAUCGAUCGAGCGUGGGUGCAAUUAUUAAUGCUUUGGAUAUCUACCAAUAUAGGAGGCUACCCAACAAUGGAACUAAAAGUGAAGAUGUGAAUGCCAUUGCUGACAUUGUGAGGCACUUCAAUCUGGAGAAAGAGAGGAUGGGUGAUCCGUGUCUUCCACAGAAAUAUAGUUGGGAUUGGGUGGAUUGCAAUCAAGACUCCUCACCAAGGAUUAUUGCAGUGGACUUGGCAAGAAAUAAUUUGAGUGGUUCAAUACCAGAGGCUCUGGCUAUUCUCUCCAAUCUUAAACAACUGAAUUUGGCAGACAAUGACUUAAACGGAUCAGUGCCAAUUGGUCUGUCUGAACAAAAGCAACGUGGAAAACUCAUUCUGAGUGUUUAUGGCAAUGAAAAACUUUGCCAAGUAGGCAUUUGCAAGGAUGGCCGAAAAGGAAAGAGUAGCAAAACACUAUUUGUUUGGUUAAUAGUGGCAGGAAUUGCAAUACUUAUAUCCUUUACUGCAAUAUUAAUCUUUAUAAAAAUUAAAUCAAGCAGAAAAAUUCGAAAAGGGAAAACUGAAACAGGACAUUUAAAUCUUGACAAUUUUGAUGGAUGUCGAUCAUUCAGUUUCAUAGAGGUAAGAGCUAUGACUAGCAACUUUCAGACGGAGAUUGGAAAAGGAGGAUAUGGAUCUGUUUAUCUUGGUUGUCUUCAAGACAAGGAUGUGGCCGUCAAAAUCUCGUCUGAUAAAUCACAUAAGGGUGCCAUACAGUUUUCCACAGAGGUAGAAAUUCUCUACAAAUUACACCAUAAGAAUCUCAUAAAAUUUAUGGGUUACUGCGAAGAGGAACAAAAUUUGGUUCUUGUAUAUGAAUACAUGUCCAAUGGAGACCUGCGACAUUUUCUGGAUGGUCAAACUUCUUCAAGAAAUUAUCUGGGCUGGGAAAGAAGACUCAACAUUGCAUUAGAUGCUGCUCAAGGAUUGGAAUAUCUACAUGUAGGAUGCAAGCCAAGCAUUAUUCACAGAGAUGUAAAGAGCUCCAAUAUUUUGUUGAAUGACCAAAUGGAAGCAAAAAUAGCAGAUUUUGGGUUGUCAAGGAUGGGACCAUUGGAUGGAGCUACACACGUAUCCACCCUUGUAAAGGGUACCAUUGGAUAUCUAGAUCCAGAAUAUUAUUCUACAAAUCGAUUGACAGAAAAGAGUGAUGUUUAUAGCUUUGGAGUUGUUUUGAUGGAGAUUAUUAGUGGAAAACAUCCUCACUUUGUAGAUGAUUCAACAUCUAACAGUGAACACAUACAAAUCACUAAUUGGGUAAGGGCAUCCUUAUUAAAGGAUGACAUAGAGAACAUUGCAGAUCCUAAUUUACUUGGAAAUUAUGAUAAAGAUGCAAUGUUGAAAGUGGCAAAUUUGGCAAUGGUUUGUACUUCACCUCAUUCUAAGAAUAGGCCUACAAUGAAUGAGGUGGUGUUAGAAUUAAAGGAAGCAAGUCAAUUCGAAACACAUGAAAUUGCAUCCUCACAUUCUCAUCCUUCUUUACAAACCUCUCAUAAUGUGGACUCAGAUGUGUCAUUAUAUUCAGUUGGUAGAUGAGAUAGAGGAAGAUGUUACAAAAUGGGCAGGGGAACACUCACAAGAAACCAAAAUAGCAGUAAUGAAAUCCUACCUCUAUUGUGGCUUAUUUCAUUUUAUU